ACCCCACUGGCUCACGAGUCCUACGCUGCAGCAUAACCUAGUUCCAGUACCGUCCACCUUCAUUUCGGCGAGGAUCGACGUGCGUGUGCGAUACAAGAGCACUCCCCAGUUUCCCCCGUGUGUGCGCUGGAUUAAAUUUGCUCUGCACGCGUACGCAGCCAGCAAGCAUGCUGCCUGUCCUUCGACGAAAGAUGGCUACGGCCGUUGCAGCCGCGCCGCUCCGGCGUGGAAUCACAAGCGAGACGAGAUCGUGGGCGCUGGCCAUGAACAAGCCGCUGGAGGAAACGGACCCGGAUCUGUUCGAUAUCAUGGAGCACGAGAAGGUGCGGCAGAGGGACAGCCUGGUCCUGAUCGCCUCGGAGAACUUCACGUCCAAGUCAGUAUACGACGCGCUCGGCUCCAUAAUGUCCAACAAGUACAGCGAGGGGUACCCGGGGGCACGGUACUACGGCGGCAACGAGCAGAUCGACAAGGUGGAGUCGCUCUGCCAGAAGAGAGCACUGGAGGCCUUCGACCUCGACCCAGAGCUGUGGGGCGUCAACGUGCAGACGCUGUCUGGAAGCCCAGCGAACUUCCAGGCGUACACGGCCGUGCUGCAGCCGCACGACCGCAUCAUGUCCCUCGACCUCCCCCACGGGGGUCACCUGUCUCACGGCUACCAGACCGACACCAAGAAGAUCUCCAUGGUGAGCUCUUUCUACGAGACAUUCCCCUACCGCCUGGACGAGAGCACGGGCCAGAUCGACUACGACACCAUGGCGGCCAACGCCAAGCUUUUCCGCCCCAAGCUUAUCGUAGCUGGAGCUAGCGCGUACUCGCGCAACAUCGACUACGCCCGCAUGAAGGAGGUCGCGGACGCCUCGGGGGCGUGGCUGCUGUCGGACAUGGCGCACAUCAGCGGCCUGGUCUCGGCCGGCGUGGUGCCGUCCCCUUUCCCCUACUCGGACAUCGUCACCACAACUACCCACAAGAGCCUGCGAGGCCCGCGCGGGGCCAUGAUCUUCUACCGAAAGGGUCAGCGCGGCACAACGAAGAAGGGGGAGCCCAUCAUGUACGACAUCGAGAGCAAGAUCAACUUCUCCGUAUUCCCCGGGCUGCAGGGUGGGCCGCACAACCACACCAUCGCCGCGCUCGCAACGGCGUUGAAGCAGGCCAAGGCACCGGAGUACGUGGCCUACCAGAAGCAGGUGGUCAAGAACUCGGCGGCGAUGGCGGAGAAGCUCAUCGCCGACGGUUACCAGCUGGUCAGCGGUGGCACGGACAACCACCUCGUGCUCGUUGACCUCAAGAAGUCGUCGAAUAUCGACGGCGCGCGCGUGGAGCUUAUGCUCGAAGUCGUCAACAUGGCCACCAACAAGAACACCGUGCCCGGGGACAAGAGCGCGCUGACCCCUGGAGGCAUCCGCAUGGGCGCGCCCGCUCUCACCUCGCGUGGGUUCACCGAGGAGGACUUCGAGCAGGUGGCGGCGUUCUUCCACAGGGGGGUGACCCUCGCCAAGAAGGUGGCCGCGGACACGGGCAAGAUCAAGGCCUACCGCGAGGCGCUCGCGGACGGGGGGAGCAAGUACCCCGAGAUCAAGCAGCUCAGGGACGACAUCAACAACUUCGCCCGCACUUUCCCGGUCAUCGGGUUCGACCAGGAGACCAUGCGUUACCCGGCGCCCUGAGCACAGCUUCCGCGCCUUUUUUUUUUUUUUUCCCGCUACGUAGAUUUCCAAGGAAUGCUGCGGCUUGGCUGGAAUAACGUCCGUGGUUCGUCCGGCGGCCGUUUUAACCUCCCGUUGCCAUUAUCUGGAACGGGCUUCGAUCAGGAGGGAAGGGCUGAUACGUUUUGGCUUCACGGCGGGCCGGCCUGUGUCCUGCCCUUUCGUUCGUCCUUGUCCCUUUCGGCAGAUUGUUCGUUCGCCCACCUCCUUUGUAGUUGAGUUUGUGUACCACUGCGGCCUCCUUGUAACCGGAAGAGGAAGAAAAACGAGUCUAACUGGAUUGCAGAAGACGUUUUUUGACCGAACGAGACGGAAUGGCGUGGAAUUGGAUUUCGAAAAUCUUUUUUUUUUGUGCGAUAGACUGCUAUCGUUGGGCUGUUUUGGUGUUGCCUUUUCCUCCAACGCAUUAGACACACGACCCCACGCACGCGAUCUCGCAACCAAAAUGUGCGACGAGAGGAGGAAAGGGAGGCCGAGGGGAAUUAAAAUCAAUCAUGGAGAGGGUGGGAACGGGACUCAAAAGUUUGGCGCCGUUGCGGUGCUGUGUAUACAAAAGUACAGACUGGCUGACUUGACGUAUCUUGGUAUCUCCCGCUCCACUCUCGAAUGUAGAGGGAGAAAGAGAAAUAACGAGAAUUUGGUGAGAGAGAGAGAGAGAGAGAGAACGACCUAGUGGUGCAAAGCACACGUUAUUGGUCGUUACUCGCAUGGCUCAGCGUUUCAUUCGGUUGUACGGGAAACCGGGGGAGUAGGGUGCGUGCCGUGGGCCCCUACGUUGCCAACAAGAUUAGCUAGAAGGCAACCGGCCGGAAAUAUCUGAAAACAGGGGUUUUGAUGGCCGUGUCUCGGGAGACCGAACGAUAUUCCACAUUGGUCUUAAUACGUAUCAUGUGUUUGUUAUGAGCCUAGGGCAGAGGUUUGUGUAUCCUUGGCGCUUGUUUGUGAGUCGGUUGGGGUGCAGGGUGGGGGCGGGUCGUUCUUGUCUGUUUUAUCCGGCCAUUUUGUCCCGUGCGGGCCUCUACAGGUUAGUCAUGGAUCGUUUUUCGAGUUGUGCACGGUUUGUUGUUGUUAGUGAGAGCAAAAAAAGCAACGAACACACCGCGGUGUUUGGCACGCCACAACUUGGCAACGAUGUCGUUAGCGUGCGUGUUGAGGUACAGGUAUGCAUAGUUGGAGAGGAGGGGGGGUGCUGCACUGGACCAAAUGUGUUGGGGGAUGAAGCUGCCCUGGUGGUCUUUAAUACUUUAAAGUGCCGAGUACUGUCGGUACUUAUGUUCUGACAUG